UAAUAAUAACAACUGUACUCUUUGAUUUUCCUUUGUAUUUGAUUCAGUCAAAUUCCAUCAUUUCUCUCAACCCUUUUUCCCUCUUUUCUCCGCCACCUCCUCUUCCGCCUACCGCCGCUGCGCUUUCUCUCUCCUACAAAUAUAAACCCCGAAUUUCUUACCAACUCUAAAUCAUCAAUUGAUUAUAUCUUAUUUACGAAGUAUUUAUUGAUCAAUUUCAGAGGUCUGGAAUGGAUUUGUUCUACAAUGCAAAAACAGUCCGAUUAAAGAGCCACCAUGACAAGUACUUAAUCGCAGAGGAAGACCAAGAAUCCGUUUCACAGGAACGAAACGGGUCAGUCCGAAACGCAAGAUGGAUCGUAGAACCGGUUCAAGGUUCGAACAAUACAAUACGACUCAAGAGCUGCUAUGGGAAAUACCUGACCGCGUCGAACCAGCCGUUUUUGCUGGGGAUGACGGGUCGGAAGGUGGUUCAGUCAAUGCCACGUAGGCUUGACUCGUCGGUUGAGUGGGAGCCCACCAAGGAUGGGUCACAGGUUCGUUUAAAAACUAGAUAUGGGAAUUAUCUUCGGGCCAACGGUGGGUUGCCGCCUUGGAGGAAUUCUGUUACUCAUGAUGUUCCUCAUCGGACUGCUACUCAAGAUUGGGUGGUUUGGAAUGUUGAUAUUCUUGAGAUUUUGGAUUAUGCGGAUAAUAAAAUGGAGGAUUUGAAGCCCAAGGCGAAACCAAUUCCGGGUUCGGGUCUUGAACAGGGUUAUAAGGUUGAGCAUUUGGAUUCUUUUGGGUCGGAUUUGAGCUCAGUUUCUCCUAAUGGGUCGGGAAAGUAUGACAGGCAAGAGUCAACUGACUCGGGGACAUACUCACCGCCUAAGCAGGAUGGUAGGCUAAUCUAUUACCAUGUUGCAGAUGACUAUGGUGGUGUUAAUGAUAGUGUGGAGGGUAGCUCCUUUAUGUUCAAAGGCCACAGUGUUGCGGAGCUAACUCAAAAAUUGGAGGAAGAGAUUGGGCUCGAGGAUAUAUUAGUAUGCACACGAACAAAAUUGAAUGGGAAAUUGUAUCCCCUUCGCUUGCAACUUCCUCCAAACAACACAACCAUGCACAUUGUUGUGGUUCCAUCAACUUCGAGAUUGGCAGAAGAAUUCACAAAAGUGGGAAUUUCAUGACAAGCUCAUCAAAUCGAGUUCUGUACAUGGGCAUGAGAUGUUGAUACAUAUUCAGCAGAUAUUCAAGUUUCAUAUAGGGUUUGCCUUAGCAAGUGAAGAUAAUACAAUACUGGAGUCAGGUUCCAUAAGCAAGUUAGUCGCCGAUUUUGUGUUGUUGCCUGUGACUUAGUUGAAGAUGUGCUCCAUAUAUUUUUUUCAUAUGUUUAAGGUUUUGAGCUGAUUUUUGUAGAAGCUAUGAUCUUCUGGCAGUUUUGUGUUGCUGCUUGUAAAUAUAUAUGUUCUUUUGGAGAUUGGUUAGUGUGUGAGAGAUUGAUAUAUGAAUAAAGAAAUUAGCAUUAGACAGUA